AUGUCUCUCUUCUGGACUCAUCGCAAGUUUCCGAUUACAGUAGUCUUCGCAGAUGCCUUCUCUACCUACGCCGACUGCGACGUGAGCUGGGUUGACGCAUCCGUCUUGGCUGCUAUUGAGAAUACCGAUGCUAUCACAACAUCUACUUCAAUCGCCUCUACUGCUACUGCCACCGCUGCCUCAGCUACUACCUCUACCGCCUUGACCACAUACACUAGCACUUCGACCUCUGUCGCUGCCACUGCCACAUCCACAUACGUCGUUGAUGCUGCCAACGGACCUUACAAAAACGUUACCGCCGCCAUUGCUGCUCUACCUAACGACGGCAACGAGUACACUAUCUAUGUCAGGGCCGGCACCUAUAAUGAGCAGGUUUCCAUCACUCGCCAAGGUCUGACCAUUCUACGUGGUGAGACCAAUUUUGAGAAUGAUUACACCCAAAACACUGUGACUUUUGAAUACGACGACGGAGAGCUCACAAGUGCCAAUAAGGACGAGAGCACCAUGGUGGUAAAUGCCAAGAACACCGAUGGAAAAGGUCUGGCUAUUUACAACAUCGAUUUCCACAAUGCCCAUGCCCAGGUAUCCAACACUGCUGCGCUUGCAGCUGACUUCUACGGCAACGUGCAAGCCUACGGUUGUUCCUUCGUUGGCUUCCAAGAUACCCUGCUUGCAAACAAGGGUACUCAGGUCUUCUCGAAUUGCUACAUCGAAGGUUCCAUUGACUUCAUUCGGGGUUUUUCGACUGCAUACUUUUACCAGUCCGUCAUUGUGACCAACACCGCCGGUGCUUGUAUUGCUGCUAUGAGUCGUUCGUCGUCUACCGCGACUGGAGGUUACGUCUUUGAUAACUGCCUUGUCACCUACACCUCUACCUAUGGCAGCACCUUCCAGGAUAGCUGGCUCGGCAGGCCCUACUCUGCGUACAGUAUUGUUGUUUACAUGAACUCUUACAUCGACAAGCACAUCAACCCUUCUGGAUGGCAUAUCUGGUCCACGAGCGCUCCUCAAACCGACUAUGUCACUUUCGGAGAAUUCAACAACACAGGGCCCAGCGCUUGGUCAAGCAGCCGCGCAUCCUUCGCCACCAACCUGACCGAGGCAGAGGCCGAAGCUUACACUUUGGCCAACUGGAUCGGGGACACUACCUGGCUUGACAUGGAUACCUACGCUAUUGCUCCCUCGUAUGAUCUCACUGGUGGAGCUAGUGCCACAACAACUUCGACUAGCUCGGCUAGCACCACAACCACUACUUCUACCUCCACUGCAAUUGCAACUUGGACUCACCCAUCCAGCGGUACCAUCCCUCCUACUGGUGCUGUCCUGGUCAGCCCCUUAGGAACCAUCGAGGGAUCUUACAGUAACCUUACCGAUGCUUUGUCUUCCCUGCCCGACGAUACUACCACUCAGGUCAUCUUCAUAUACGCUGGUACCUACACCGAGCAGGUUCCUACCAUCAACAGAGAUGGCCCUGUCAUGAUCAUUGGUUACACUACUGGCAAUCCCGGUCAGAGCUAUGCCGGCAAUGAGGUUACCGUCACUUUCUAUCGCGGUCUCUCCGUCUCCCCUUGCCGACCGAUUGCUUUCUACAACAUCAACAUCAUCAACUCGGCCAAUCUUGAUGGUGCCGAGUCAUCAUACGUGACCCUGGCGGCUUCCAUCUACGGGAAUCACAUUGCAUUCUACGCGUGUUACUUCCAGGGCUGGCAAGACACUCUCCUGACCGGAGCCACUGCUGGAUACCAAUACUAUGAGUCAUCAUACAUUGAGGGUGCGAUUGAUUUCAUUUGGGGAUACUCCAAGGCUUACUUCAAGGGUUGCACCAUCGGAGCUAAGCGCGCCAAGUCUGCUAUUACUGCCCAGAGCCGUGCUUCUGCCAGUGCCAUUGGCGGUUACAUUUUUGAUCAGACUCUGUUCACUGCUGCCGCCGAUGCCACUGUCGAUCUCACCGAGACUGUCUACCUUGGCCGUCCUUACUCCGAGUACGCGCUUGUCGUUAUCAAGAACUCCUACCUUGCUGAUGUCAUCAACCCAUCUGGAUGGAAGGUCUGGUCAACCUCUGAUGCUCGCACCGACUUUGUUACCUUUGCCGAGUACAACAGCUCUGGCCCCGGUAACUGGGAGAACAACGAGGCUGCCCGCGAGGCGUUCAGUUACUGCACUCUCCUGACCGAGGACAAUUACUCGCUUGCGACCGUCAUGGAUUCGACUGACUGGAUUGAUAUGACCUAUUGGGACACCAUCGACAUCCCUACUGCAGUCUCUGGAACUUCCACUGCUACUGUUACUGCGACCGCCACGGCAACAGCUACUGCCACUGCCACUUAUGACGGAACUGCUCCUCCUACGGGUGCCUACAUUGUCUCCAAGACUAGCCUCGGAAACAGCACAACUUACUAUGACACCAUCCAGAGCGCGCUUGAUGCUAUUCCCACAUCAUCUAGUGUUACUCCCACCAUCUUCAUCGACCCCGGUACAUAUGAGGAGCAGCUUGUCGUCAGUAAGGAGGGCUCUGUUAUCUUCAUGGGCUAUUCUGAGUCCACCUACGAUUACUGCAGCAACCAGGUCACCAUUCAGUACAACCAUGGUAUCGACACUGGAGCCGACGAGUCUAACUCUGAUGGUGCUACUGUGUAUGCGACUGGUAACUACUUCGCUGCCAUGAAUAUCAACUUCAUCAACAACAACGGCACUCAGAAAGACAUUGCUACUCUGGGAUUUGCUGUCAAGUCGAGCAAGUACGCCAGUCUUCAUGGCUGCCAGGUCAUCGGUAACCAGGACGCUCUUCUGAUCAACGGUUACCUUUUUAUGAGCAACGGUUAUGUAGAGGGUAACAUUGACAUGGUUUGGGGAAGUGGCUCUGCUUACUUCCUCAACACCACGAUUUCACCCAACGAGGAUGGCAUCAAUCUUACCGCCGACAAGCGCGCUACCUCCGCCACCGCGGGUGGCUUCGUCUUCGAUCAGUGCACUAUUACUCCGUCGACUGGCGCUGGGACCAUGUCCGAUAUCUCCCUCGGCAGACCUUGGAACCAGUACGCUCGUGUCGCAUACAUUGAUUCUUACCUCGACUCUUGCAUCGAGGCCGCUGGAUGGAACCAGUGGUCUACUUCUAGCCCCCGAACCGAUGGAGUCACUUUUGCCGAGUAUGGCAACUCUGGGCCCGGAUCAAGCACUAAGUCGCGUGCCUCGUUUGCUACGCAGCUCAACAACACUGGUGUCGUGCAAUUCGAGCUUGCGAACUUCUUCCCUACUACUUCUUGGAUCGAUUUGACCCACGUUGAUGGCACUCCAUUUGCUCCAGGCGCAAGCAUCACUACCACCACUAUCUCAACCGCAACCUCCACCAGUGCUGCUUCGACAACGACUCUUAUUCCCAUCACCGAGACCGUUACUGUCGAUGUCAUCUCAACCUCGACUGAAGCUAUUUAUGCUACCGUGACUCCGAUCGAUAAGACCUCGAUCGUCAAAUCCACUGUAACUCUCACCAUCACUCCUGAUGUUGUCUCCAAGAUCACCACAGCCAAGUCGACUAUCACCACUGUUGAGACAAUCACUGAGCCUACAAAGACUUCCACUAAGACCUCUCUUGUGAACAUUGAUGCCGGUAGCAUGAUUACCCCAGAUCCCAAGACUGUCACCUCGACUGACAAGGCGACUGCUACCGUCACGAUCUCCGUGCCCGGCAAAGACACCACCAGCACGGCGAAGAGUACUCUCACCGAGACCUCUAUCAUCACUGCUGCCGCCUCCACCGUGACUAGCACCGAUAUGGAGACUGCCACCAGUCUUAAGACUACCAGUGGAAAGGCUGGGACGACUACGGUGACCGACACCGUGACAGUUGGGAAGGGAGAAACCACCACCAUCUCCACCAAAGCCACCACUGUAACCGUCUAUUCCACGUCAAUCAAGAGUGCGACCAAGUCUGUGACAACAAUUGUCGCCUGUAACACAGCGGCUAAGGCCAAGCGUGGUUACGGUGAUCUCCUCCCUCGUGCUGGUGGUUCCACCGUCACUGCCACUGUGUAUACCACCGAGAUCGACUAUAUAUCCAAGACCUCCACUAUUACUAUUCCGGCCGCGACCGACUAUAUCACCGAUAUCACUACCAAGACAACUUCAAUCAAGGCCUCGACUGUCAUUGACACAAUUACUUCCGUUGCAACUAAGGUCUCCUCGACCACCAUCGCAGCCGUCACCUCGAUCGUGACUGUCACUGAGACCACUUCUGUUGGUAAGACCACUACCCUCAAGGCAUCCACAGUCACCCAAUUUGUGACCUCCGUCGUGGGCAAAAUUUCCACUGUCACUCUCCCCGGAUCAACCGUCACAACCACCAGUGUCAAGACAACGACGGCCAAAAGCACCACCAAGCUUCCUGCAGUCACCACCACCACGACAAGACUACGACGGUCAAGAACACUACCACUCUGCCAGCCACCACAAGCACAGUGA